ACCUAUAAAAAGUAUUUCAAUAAAAAAAAAAAUUAAAUAGAAAACAAAAUUUAAGAGAAAAUAUUUUAAUUAAGAGUCAAUAAGAAUGAAAGCUUUCAAGAUAAUAUUCUUCUUAACAUUUUUAUUUUCAAUGAAAUAUUGCCUCAACACUCCUGUUGCAAUUAUGAAUAUAACUGAAGGUAAAAAAAUCAUUUUAAAAUGUGAAUUUAAUAUUACCGAGAAUAAAAAUGAUGAUCUAACAAUUUCAUGGAAACAUCCUGACAGAAUUGAUAAUACAAGAUUUGAAACUGGUACAAAUUACAAGGAUAAAAUUUUAAUAUCUUUUAUGAAAAUUACAAAUGUAACGAAAUCCAAUGAUGGUGGAUUGUAUUAUUGCACAUUGAAUUCGGCGAAUAACACUGACGAUAAAUUACUUUUACAAAAAUAUUUCUUUUUAAAAUUUGAUACAGAUGAUAAUGUUGAAAAUAUUGAAUUGCCGGGUCAUCAUAAAUUUUUUGAAAUUAUUAGCAUUUUAUUUAUAAAACUUUUUUUUAUAAUUGUGCUAUAUAUUACACUUAUUGCUUGUUAUGAUCUUAACAAAAAAGUAAUCAAUUUAAGAAAACAUCAACAGGAUUAUUCAAUAGGAUCAACAAGAUCAUUAGUUGUAUAAUCACUAAAAUAAAUUUUUGAUAUUUUUCUAUAUUUUAGAUUUGUAAUUAUGUGAAAAAAGA